AGGCAUCGAACGAGGCCGUGGAUCUCGAUCGGUCAUACAUAUUCCCCUGGUAUCCCGUUUAGACCGGAAGAAGUAUCGAGGUGGACGCGUUUAGGGAACUAUAUACAAUCAUUUGGUAAUACACGUUAUAUCGGCAUGUGAAAUUAUCAAGUCUACGCGCAGUUGAGAUACAUGUCUUCGUUCAUCGUUUUCGCGUUCGCUCGCUAGUUACUAGCGCGUUAGUCCUCUCUUCUUAACACGGAACUUUCGACCACUCGUACGGUCGACGAAUAACGCUGGUUACUUCAGUUUAUGCUCGGCUCUGUCGUUGGUUGGAUCGUGGAGAGAGAGUGGUCGUCAACAAAGAAGACGAUCGACGCGACGAGACGCGCGCUCACGCGUUAUCUUCGCCGGAAGCCCACUGAGCAAACGAAAAAUUUGAAAUCAUCGAUAUCCAUCGGCAGAAGCGUACAAGAAGCUGAACAAUGACGAUCGCGGAGAAUACAGAGUCGAAGAGUACGGAUUCGACGAACAUUUCUAAUACCAAUAACGAGGUCCUCGAACGAAGUUCUCUGAACGAGGAUUCGCAACGACCGGAGGAGGCUUCGAAUUCGAGCACUGAAGGCAACCCUCUUUUAGAAACCGACGGUAAGAACUCGUCGGUGAGAAUCGACGUGUCGAUCGCGAAAUCGAACAGGACGGAUAAGGACGAGGAUGAUCGAGCGUCGAUGAACGCCUCGAGGAAGGAUGCUGAUGACCGUAACGUGAUCGUUCCACCGGAUGGUGGUCUGCGAGCGUGGAUGGUCAUGAUAGGCAGUUUCAUCAUCAACGGUGUUCUAUUCAGCGUCAUAAACACGUACUCGUCGAUCUACCUCGAGUUACAGAGGAGACUGUUAGAGUCUGGAGAAACAGGGGCAUCUUCGAAGGCAGCUUUGGUAGGGUCGUUAACCAUUGGUACCACGUUCUUUUUAUCGCCAAUUUCUGGCAUUCUCACCGAUAAAAUUGGGAUUCAGACGACCACAUUUUUGGGCGGUGCUAUUGCGUCCAGCGGUAUGCUUCUAUCCUCAAUAUUUUCUAGCAAGGUGACAUUACUAUAUUUGACUUAUGGAGUGAUGUACGGACUUGGUGCUAGUCUUGCCUAUACACCGAGUCUAGCCAUCUUGGGACAUUAUUUUAAGAGGUACUUGGGUGUGGUCAAUGGUAUCGUCACGGCUGGAAGCUCUGUAUUUACCAUUCUUAUGCCAUACUUAAUCGAAGUCAUACUUCUCCUUUUCGGUUUGGAAGGGACGUUAAGAUUUUUAGCUAUGCUCACUGCGAUUGUCAUGGCUUGCGCUAUUCUCUUCAAACCGAUUCCACUUACCUCGGUGCCGCGGGAUCAACUAAAAUCCAAAUCGGGCUUCAAAAACUGUCUGAAGCAAGUUGUGAACGUCUCGAUUUGGAAGAGAAAACGAUACGUGGUAUGGGCUAGUUCGAUCCCUCUCGCUUUGUUCGGAUAUUUCGUCCCAUAUGUUCACAUCGGGAAAUUUGUCGAGACGGUGUUUAAAGGCUCGGAUAAAAAGCUGCCGAUUAUGUGCAUCGGUAUUACUUCCGGUAUAGGUCGACUUGUCUUCGGAUAUAUCGCUGACUUGCCGAAGGUGAACAGAAUAUUGUUGCAACAGAUAUCGUUCCUUAGUAUCGGUGUUCUUACAAUGCUUCUCCCCGUUACGAAUUCGUAUGUGGUUUUACUAAUUAUCUCUUUGGCCAUGGGAUUAUUCGAUGGCUGCUUUAUAUCCCUUUUGGGUCCUAUUGCAUUUGAUAUAUGUGGUCGAGAAGAAGCGACACAAGCCAUUGGAUUCCUAUUAGGCAUGUGUUCUAUACCUUUGACUGUGGGACCGCCCAUUGCUGGUCUUCUGUAUGAUCAUACCGGUAGCUAUGACAUACCCUUUUUCUUAGCGGGUAUUCCACCAAUAAUAGGGGCACUCACGAUGUUCCUGAUAAAAUUCGUGAAAGACGAAGAGCAGACCACCAUUAACGGAAACACAGGGGAUAAAACCACUUGUCAAAAUGGCAGCUCGGGCAUCCGCUUUCGAUCCCCGUAUCUCGUGACAACUCUCAAACACGAGCAGUCAAGCUGGAAGAUGACGCGUUCAGGCGUCCACAGCCAUCGUUCGUCGGAGUGUUACGGAUUUCACGAGGACACAGUGUGCCAGGAUCACGAGAUCGGAUAUCUCGGUCGUUACGAACGCUCAGAGAGCAUGCCAUUGCUCCACCGUGAGAAUCGGCCAACUUCCGGUCGCUUCCAAAGGAUGCUGCAAUCGUCGAUUCUUAUAACGUGUUAGCUUGCAGAUAAACGUCGCUGUUUCGAGAUUCUUCACGUCGAUUUCAUCGUGAUAUUCUCGCAUUACGAUUCUUUUAUCAUUAUCGUUUUCUUUCGAUAAAUUGUCUUUUCACAGUUCUUUUAAUAAUUAUUCGAUUCGUAGUUUUAAUAUUGAGAUGAAAAAAUAAAUUGAUUUCAUGUGCAUAAUUUGCUUCAAAUAAUCUUAAAUUUUCUAAGAUACAGCUAAACUUGAUGUUACGUAUUCUCUUGAUCAAGAUUAUUUGGAAUAUAAAAUUUGCACUUUAUAAUACAGACAAUAAAGAAAAUAAAGGGUUGAGUAUAUUCGCGAAGCAGCGACGAUCGAUAUAUCCGAAAAUCAUUGUGAAUAAUAAUCUUCGACGCUUUGUUCACGUAUAAAUGUCAUAUCAUCGAUGUUUCUCGGUGGAUACGAGCAACGAAUGUUUCUAGUUUUUGUAGCGAUCGAAGAAUCAUAGGAAUUAGAAUUUUUAGCAUAUUCACAUCGAAUAGAACAGGAAGUUCAACUAGAGACGAGAUUUAUUUUUUUUUAACUCGUUCUCAGUGGAGUUUGUAAUCCCUGCUCAACAAGCAAUAUCGAUCAAGUCAAUAUUUUUCGGACGACGGAGUAAGAAGAAAUAAGAAUCGCGUUUUUGAAUCGGAUCGAACGAAAUAAAAUAGUUGCCUCGGUAUUUUUAGAUCAACGUACUCUACCACGUAUUCGAAAUCAGAUCGCGUUAGCUGCGUAAAUUUAUUAGAUUCUGUUUCUUUUUUUAUUUCUAUGUUACGUAGCUUAUGCAAAUAGACCUACUCAAAAGACACAGAGACAGAAGUUUAAGCCGGUCUAUCGAUAGAAAUAUUUUUAGGAUCGAUUGAUCUAGAAAGAAUCAAAACGUUCAACGUUUACUUUUACCUGUCAAUUACGAUAUGCUGACAUUUCAAGUUAAUGAUCAUUAUCUUAUUCUACGCUAGGAAUUUUAUUUUAAAAUUUGACUUUAUUAACGAUCGAUAAAACCACUAUGUGCCAUGAUGUUUUCUCGCAUGAUACUAUCUUUGCUUCAUCUGCAGUUCUUAAUAUUUUCCUUUUUCGUCGUAAGACGAGUAGAUUUCCUUGAAAAGAAAUUUCGUUUUAUUUGUCGUUAAUAAGUAUCGUGACAGAUGUUGUUAUGAAAAGUAUAGAAAUAUCAUUGUUACACGAAAAGACGACAGUUUUAAUAGUCUCUAAGUAAAGGUGUUUUUAAAUGUUACCACGAUUACGAUUUUAUAUCAAUUGAAAAUUUAGUCAUUUCUUUGUAUCGUAUCCGAGAAAACAUUUUAAUACUGUGCGUAGUAAAUUUUUCCUUAUGAAACAUGACUUAGGCAAUUAAUGAAUCGGUCAAUGUUAGAGAAUCUUACAUGUUUUGUAAUCUAAUAGUCAUUCUUGACGUAUACUUGAAAAAUAGGCUCAUUCUCCCUCUGUUCAACAAUUACAACUAAAUGUAAUCUGUAAGGUUCCGUUUAGUUUGUAGAUUUCCUUUUGAUACGUAGUAAUUUGCCGGCCAUAACAUAAUUAACGAUACAGAAUAUUCUAUUUUCCUAGUGUUGACAGAGCAAGAAUGUUAUUUUUCUCGAAAUGUUGUACAUAAAAUAGUUAGAAUAUUCGCGCAAGAAUAAAUAACAGAAAUAAAGAAAUAAGAAUGUUAUAAAGAUACUAGUUUGGAACAAUCGAACCUCUGUGAAAUAUUAUUUAAUUUGUUAAGCGGAUUGUUGCUUAAUUUCCAACAAUUGAUUUACUUAAUUGUAAUUAUUUUUAACGAUAGGAAAAUUCCAUAACCGUUAAGAUUAAUAACAAUUAGAGAAUCCUAAAUUUCAAUAUGACGUAAUUUAUUUUUAAUAAACACAGAUUGAUAAGUAAAAAAGUGAGAGAUGUCUAAAUAAAGAAAUUAUUAAGAGAUUAAUAUUUAAAGAAAUGGACAAUCUGAAGCGUUAACUCGUCUUUCACGAUUAACGAGUUAAUUUGAUAUAUCUUAUACGUUCAUCUACAAUUCUUUUUCUUUUCUUACCAUGAAGAGAUUUCGUUUUCACGAAGAAUGUUGUUUCUUCAAAUAUACAGCAAAAUGUUAUAGCGUGUAGGAAGAGAAUAGUGUACAGUACGUCGAUUCUGCUACAUUUUAUAUAUACUCCUUGCUAGGAGGAUAUACGAUGUGCUAUUUCCGUCUUUUCAGAAAACUGUCAGAUCAUUGUAUUCUUUCGCGUAAGAAUAAAUGUAACUGCCGCAUGCCGGUCUGUUUUCCUGGAAAUGUA